CAGAAUACGUCAUCACGCAGAGGACGCCGUGCGCACGCUCCGUAAAACGAGGCACGUUUGUUUCGGUUUGUUUUCCCGGUGGGUUGUUGAAUGACACAGACUCGCUGAAGUUACUGGAGGUGUGGUAGCAACACGUUUACAGAAGAAGACACGAGGGAUUACCAGAAUGUCUUCUCCUGAGCCCAUCAUCAGGUCGAGGCAGACAGAGACAGACGUCAACGGAGUCUCGACACAGGUCGUCUGUUCCGACUUCAGCAAUUACAUAUUCAUAGUUCUCACUCAGUACGGGAAAAUCGGCACGUUGGUAUCCGUCACACCCGACUCCAGAUCGAAUGAUAUCAGCACCCCGUCGCUCUCCACCAAGGUGCUGCUUGGCAAAGAAGAGCCACUGACGCACGUCUUUGCCAAAAACCUGGCCACGUUUGUGUCGCAGGAAGCCGGCAACAGGCCCGUCUUACUGGGACUGGCGCUGAAGGAUUUUUCCAUAGAUUCAAUAAAACAAAUGAAAGAGCUCAUCAAAAGCUGUCAAGUCUGGUAGGAAGUCAACUGAAUGGACACGCAAGCCUUCUGGAUGCCACCAAUGUCCCUUUUUUUUCUUUUUUGUGCCUUUUUAAACUUAAAGGUUUUAUACCAUCCCACUCUUUCAUAAAAUAAAGGAAACCCCUGUGAGCCUUGUGCCCCAAGGCGGAAAUGUAUAAGUCUGAUUUCCUUUGCUCUAAUCCUUUUGAUGUUGAGAUAGGAAGGAAAAUCUCAGAGGAAACACAAUUUAGAGUGGAUCUGGUUUUAAGCGUGUUUUCUGCACGCUACUGUGCUCUUAAAAACUGAAAAUUGUGCAGUGACUAAGUUAUGAUUUGGAAAAGGGUGGCCAAUAGUUCCAUUGUCCAUUUCUUCUGUCUUUGAAACGAAUGCGACUCAAUCAUCUCGGCCCCAGUGAAGGAUUGUUUUAGGCUUUUGCACCGGGUAAACAUUUUAAGUAUCACAAAUAUCCCCAUCAACCUGGGAAAUUGGGCCGGGCCUUUUUCUAAUCAGGCUGAGGUCUUUGCCUCAUCUAUCAGCUGGAGCUGUAUUAAACAGGCUACAAUGCAGUUAAGCAGUCAUUUAGAUUUCGUCAGCACAUUUCAAAGCAGCACACUCUGCUAGAAGUGUUUCACUGCAGAUCAUGGGAACAGGCAGCAUUACAGGUCAUCAGUAUCCUACACAUCCGCGUUUUCAGACACAUUGUAAUGAUCCUCAUAACUUUGUAUUUUUUAUGUAAUAAAAUUAAAUCAAUGUCACAUUUAGAAAUGUUG